AUGUCCGACACCCGUCCUCACUCGACUGUGGACACGUGUUUUGCACACCACCCGCCAUCCGAUCUGCAGGCACCCGGAGAUCGCUCGGCACCUGGGAGCAUCAACUUCUUUCAGCAGUUCUCCUCCGCCAUUACGGCCGGCAGCCACGCAUCGUCUACCUCUAAUUGCACCACACUUACUGCCGCCAUCAAGACCUUCACCGACGCCUUCGUCGCAGAGCUUGCAAAGAACACUUCGCCAAGCGGUAGAAGGUCUGGCUCUCCAGACAACAUGGUGGAUCUGCCCAGGAGCUUCGCAAGCGCCUUCGCCGCAUCCGAUGCGAGGGGUGGCGUGAUCGCUAUCCACUGGGGCGCCACAGAUUUGGUUGUCCCGUCAUCUUCCUCGACCAGCUCUGGAGCCAGCUCUGGCACCGUUGCCGUGACGUUCGACGUUCAUGCAACCACAGUUUGGGGAGAGAACAUCUAUAUCACCGGCUCCGUCGGUGCUCUGAAAAACUGGUCUCCGAAGAACGCCCUCCUUCUAUCAGCGGCAAAAUACCCCACCUGGAGCAUCACCAUCAAUCUCCCGGCCAACACGCCGAUUCAAUACAAGUACAUCCGCAAGUACAAAGGUGCCACGACCUGGGAGAAGGAUCCCAACAAGCGGAUCACCACACCUUCCGGCGACACGUGCAUCGUGAAAGACAGCUGGCGUGGCCGGCGUUAG